AAUCGAUAGAAAAUCAGGAAUGCAGGACCGGUAGGAAGAGGUUGUGGUGGAGAAGAGAGACACAGAGAGAGAGAGAGCGGCCAUGGAAACUGCUAUGUGCAGUCGAGUCCCUCUUUCGCCGAACCACGUCUUCAACCCUACCAAACCCGGGGAUAAGUACUCUGCUUACAAGCAAUGCACGAACCGGAGCGUUUUGAUGACAGUAUCCGCCGCUGGGUUAGGGAAAGGUGGCGGGUUACUGGAAAAGCCUACCAUUGAGAAGACGACACCUGGCCGUGAAUCUGAGUUCGACUUGAGAAAAUCAAGGAAAAUGUCCCCGCCUUACCGUGUUCUCCUGCAUAACGACAACUUCAACAAGAGGGAGUAUGUUGUCCAAGUGUUAAUGAAGGUCAUCCCUGCAAUGACCCUUGACAAUGCAGUUAAUAUCAUGCAAGAGGCUCAUUAUAAUGGCAUGGCAGUGGUAAUCAUCUGUGCCCAAGCUGAUGCAGAGGAGCAUUGUAUGCAACUGAGAGGAAAUGGUCUUUUGAGUUCAAUUGAGCCUGCCAGUGGUGGCUGUGAGUAAUCUUCUCAUAUUGUCAGCUUUAAUCCAUUUCUUGUUCUAGAAUUCUGCUCCUAUGUACAUAAACUCGAAAAGUCCAUAUUAAGAUGAACCUUUGUUAUCAUGUUUCCCAUGUUAAGACAUGUCUACAACUAUACAUCACUGCUGUUUAUUCUGA